UUCUCUGUUUCAAGUUCCACGCCUCUCCGUUAGAGAUAGAGAUCGGAACGCACCCACCUACAGAUCUGUGGUUCUGAUUAAAGGAGAAGCAAAAUGAGCGGCGAAGAUUUGCAGCUGCCCCCCGGGUUCCGAUUCCAUCCGACGGACGAGGAGCUUGUGAUGCACUACCUCUGCCGCAAGUGCGCCGGGCUGCCUAUUUCCGUCCCUAUCAUCGCCGAGGUCGAUCUCUACAAGUUCGACCCAUGGCAACUCCCAGGAAUGGCGUUGUAUGGGGAGAAGGAGUGGUACUUCUUUUCGCCGAGGGACCGGAAGUAUCCGAACGGGUCGAGGCCGAACCGCGCGGCUGGGUCGGGGUACUGGAAGGCGACCGGGGCGGAUAAGCCGAUCGGUUCGCCCAAGCCGGUGGCGAUCAAGAAGGCGCUAGUGUUCUACGCCGGGAAGGCGCCCAAGGGAGAGAAGACCAACUGGAUCAUGCACGAGUACCGGCCCGCCGACGUCGACCGGUCCGCCCGCAGGAAGAACAGCCUACGUCUGGAUGACUGGGUGCUGUGCCGGAUAUACAACAAGAAAGGGGUGGUCGAGAAGCAAACCAGCCCGGACCGGAACUCGGCCGGUUCGAGGAACAUCGGGCCGGAGCCCGGCUCGCCCGAGCAAAAGCCGGAGAUCAUCUCCCACGUGGCGCGUCCUGUUUCCUCGCACGUGCCACCGGCGCCGGCGCCGCCGCCGCUGACAGACCUGUUCUACUUCGACGCGUCGGAGUCGCUUCCGAGAUUGCACGCGGACUCGAGCUGCUCGGAGCACGUGCUGUCGCCGGAGUUCAAGUGCGAGCGGGAGGUCCAGAGCCGGCCGAGCUGGAGAGACUGGGAGACAGCCCUCGGAGUUGGCAAUAACAACGACGGUGCCACCGGGGCAUUCCCGCCGCUCUCGCCCCCCGGUGGCUUCCGGGACCCACUGCAGGACGUGUUCAUGUACCUGCAGAAGCCCUUCUAGAAGGUUCCGCGCGUGCGAAGGAGCACGCUUAUUAAAGAGAUCUACAAAAGGGAUGUUCGCGAACAUAUGCGCCGGGAGGUUGGGGACCGUCUGAUUCGGGCUGCUCAGGCGAGCCACCGUGGAGAUGGUGUGGUGGGCCCCAGGAUGGGGCCCAGAGGCGGCAAUGACACCGUGCGGGCCCGAGUUGGACACCGGAUUUCCCGUAUGUAUAUAUUGGCUAAAUUUUGUAUGGUAGGUUCUAGGGAAUUAACUCGUAUUGGGAACGAGUGGUAUGAGUUUUAGGAAAGAGAAUUGAUGUUAUGCAACCAGCCACAUGAUUUGGUUUGAAAUGUGAAAUUUGACGAGACAAGUGCUUAAUAAAAUUUAUUAAGUGGGUGCAUGGCCGCUUUUACGUGUCAUGAGUUUUUACGUGAUUGUAAGCUAGGUCAUGGGCAUGACCUAAAGCAAUUUUUGAUUUGUACUUGUUUGGUUCAUAUAUAAAGUCCCAAAGUGUUUUUCGUCUCAA